AAAAGGAGAAAAGGUAAAGAGCGAAGACAAAGGAAUCGAGAGUCGGCGCUCAUGUCUUCGCCGACCAAACUUCACGUCCUUUUCACCUCUCAGCUUCCACUCCACACCACCAAACCUUUUCUCCUCUCUCUUUAACUAUCCCUGCAUCUUCUAUAUAUUUUUCAGAUUUCAGCCUCUUCCUUUCUGAUUCUUUAGUUCUUUCUCUCUCUUUAUACUAAUCGGAUCUUCCGUGAUUAUUUUUUUUUUACUGAUCGGAAGAUGUCCGUUUUUUUGUUUUAGUUUUUUUUUUCUUUUUUCCCCUUUUUUCUUGAUCUAGGGUUUCGUUUCUGGUAUUGAUUUUUUUCCCCUCUUUUGAUUUGUUCGUUUCAUUUCCCUGGCUUUGAGGCGUUUGUUUUGUUUGGAUAUUGAUCCUUUCGCUAAAGCAUGAGAGGAGUGGUUGAGCAAUCUGUUGUUGAGAGGUGUGAAGACGGGGAUAAGGAGAAGAAGAAAAGGCGUCGACCUCGGCGCUCUAAACAGAACGCUUCUGCUUCAGCAACAUGUAGUUCAGCAAAUGAAAUGCGUGGGGAAGUAUCAGAAUGCUUGGCAAAUGGUAGCAUAUCAAAUUAUGAUACCACAUCAAUGAGUUAUUCCUCAUCAAAGCAGGGUGGGUUGGAGACUGAUCCUUUAGACAACCAUGGCUUGCACAAAGCAUCUGAUGUCGCUUUCACUUCUCUGCCAACAAUGCAUUUGAAUGAACAAGCACUCCACGCGGAGGUUGGAAGCAUGAACAAUCAGCAUAUAUUUCCUUCUGAUCCUAGUGGAGGAAUGUGUUCUAAAUCUUGUCCUGUGCCCAUCGAUUGUGAACAGUCAAUUCAGUCAUUUACAAACAAAAAUGUCCUUUCUCCCUAUCAGGAUGAGGGUUGUGCUCAGAGAAAAUAUUUUACUCCACACUGGUCUACUGAGGUUGUUAACGAGGCUUUAGAGAAAGGCAAUGUCUUCAGAGCAUCGUUUCGUGUGAAUGCAUACAAUAGACUCGAGGCCUACUGCACAAUAGAGGGAGUGAAAACAGAUGUUCUCAUUAGUGGACUUGCUUCUCAGAAUAGAGCUGUAGAAGGAGACAUUGUAGCAGUUAAAGUUGAUCCUUUCUCAUUAUGGAGCCGGAUGAAAGGGUCAACUGUGUUUCCUAACAAUGCUGGUCUAACAGAAGAUCAUAACUUGCUUUCUGAUGUUACUUUUGUUGGUGAUAGCUGGAAAGGAAAAGGCAAGGUAGAUGUGAAUUGUGAUUUUGGCCAUGAAAGAAAUCACUUCCUUCUUCAUGACAAGGGGUUUCCCUACGAAGAUAAUGCUUUUUCAGCGGAGAAUAUUUCCCAAGAACCAAUGGGCCAUAAUCAUGUUAAUGGACAUCACCCCCCUGUCUUUGGUCCUUCACAUGUAAGUUGUUUUGGUGAGCGAAGCAACAUGGACUCAUUGGAGAAGAUUUGUGCUGCAAUUAAUUCAUUCCCAUCAAAACGACCAACUGGCAGUGUUGUAGCCAUCAUUGAGAGGUCUCCUCGUCGGGUUGCUGUUGUUGGUUUUCUUAGUGUUAAGCAGUGGCUUUCUAGCCGUGUACUUCACAGAAAGGGCACUAAAAUGAACAAAACUUAUUUGUCACUGUCUGAUAGUGAGUACAUCCAGUUGACACCAACUGACCCUAAAUUUCCAAAGAUGGUGGUACCUGUGAAAGGCUUGUCUGACUGCAUCAAGAAACGAUUGGAAGAUGGUGAUGCAUCAAUGGAAAUGGAGCUUGUAGCCGCACAAAUCAGUGAUUGGGGGGAGGAAAGUUCUCUUCCCCUAGCUCAUGUCAUGCAUAUUUUUGGGCGAGGUGGGGAAAUAGAACCAAGAAUUGCUGCAAUUUUAUUCGAAAAUGCAAUUCGUCCUUCUGAAUUUUCCCCUGAAUCUCUUUCCUGCCUUCCACAUAUUCCUUGGAAGGUGCCACAGGAGGAAAUUGAGAGAAGAAGAGAUCUUAGAAAUUUGUGCAUAUUUACUAUUGAUCCUUCUACUGCCACUGAUCUUGAUGAUGCUCUAUCAGUUGAAAAGUUAUCUGGUGGCAAUUUCAGAGUGGGGGUCCAUAUUGCUGAUGCAUCAUAUUUUGUUCUACCCGACGGAGUCUUAGACAGAGAAGCACAAUCUCGAUCUACAAGUGUCUAUUUGCUGCAGCAUAAGUUGCCAAUGUUGCCACCAUUGCUUUCUGAGAAUUUGGGUUCACUUAUUCCUGGAGUGGAUAGACUUGCCUUUUCCAUUUUCUGGGAUAUUAAUCUUGCUGGGGAUGUUGUAGAUCGUUGGAUUGGCCGUACUGUGAUACAAUCUUGUUGCAAGCUUUCAUAUGAACAUGCACAGGGCAUUAUUGAUGGAAUGUUUGAUGUGGAGGGUUCUAAAAUUCUGGGAAAUGACUGUCCCCAAUUGCAUGGCCAUUUUAAAUUGCCUGAAGUGAUAAGAUCUAUUAAAUAUCUUUAUGCAAUUUCCAAAACUUUGAGGGCCAACAGGUUUAAUGAUGGCGCGCUAUUGCUGGAUGGCGCCAAAGUUAUUCUCUUGUUUGAUGAACAUGGAGUUCCAUAUGACAGCACAUUUUCUGUACGGAAGGACUCCAAUUCUCUUGUUGAGGAGUUUAUGCUUUUGGCCAACAAGACAGCUGCAGAAAUCAUAUCUAGAGCUUUUCCUGAUAAUGCAUUAUUGAGAAGGCACCCUGAGCCUAAUUUGCGAAAGCUUAGGGAGUUUGAAGCAUUUUGUAGUAAGCAUGGUUUAGAAUUGGACACCUCUUCUUCUGGUCAGUUCAAUCAUUCGCUGGAGCAAAUUAGGGAAAAGCUCAAAAAUGACUCUGUGUUGUUUGAUAUUCUCCUUUCAUAUGCUUCGAGGCCAAUGCAAUUGGCAACAUACUUUUGCAGUGGUGACUUAAAAGACAACAAAAACGAGUGGUCUCAUUAUGCCCUGGCUGUUCCUCUUUACACCCAUUUUACAUCCCCACUGCGUCGAUAUCCUGAUAUCAUAGUACAUCGGACAUUGGCUGCAGCUAUAGAAGCUGAGGAAUUAUAUCUGAAGCAUGGGGCAAAAAUACAAAAGGUGAAGAAUGGGGAGGAAAUGAGAAGAUGUUUCACUGGUAUUCACUUUGAUAAGAAUGCUGCAGAAUCUGUAGAAGGUCAGAAGGCACUAUCAGUUGCAGCAUCAAAGCACCGGCUUCCAUGCACAGAAAUACUUGCAGAUGUUGUUGCUUAUUGCAAUGAGAGAAAGCUGGCUAGUAGGCAUGCUAAGGAUGGCUGUGAGAGACUCUAUAUGUGGGUUCUGCUGAAGAAGAAAGAGGUUUUAUUGUCGGAAGCUAGAGUUUUGGGUCUGGGUCCAAGAUUCAUGUCCAUUUAUAUUCAUAAGCUUGGUAUUGAGCGACGCAUUUACUAUGAUGAAGUCGAAGGCUUGACAGUAGAAUGGCUUGAUGCUACAUCCACAUUGGUAGUCAAUUUAUCCACAAAUAAAUGUUCUCGUUGGAGGGGGAAUCAAGGUAAGUACAGGCAACUUGAAGAUGUUGCAUGGGUUAUUCGUCCAUGCAACUUGAAGCAGGAGGUGGAUGCGUUUGGAGACACUGUUAAUGAGUGGGGUGCAACAACAGUGGGAAGAGAUGCUAGUGUUGCAUCCUUGCGCCCAAGGUGCAUGUCUGAAUCUGGUGUUCCAGAUGCUAAUGAAAUUGACCCUUUAUUUUUUCCUCUCACAGUUCGCACCCUUUCAACAAUUCCAGUAGUUCUUCAUGCUGUUGGCGGUGAUGAUGGACCUCUUGAUAUAGGGGCAAGGCUGUACAUGAACUCAUAUUAUGGUUGAUUUGGAGGGUUUUGGAUUGUGAGGCUAAAGCAUUGCUAGUAGUUCCAGACUUGGGAAGCUGAAGAAAUCAGAGCAUGUUUUGGAACAGGGAAGGUCUGAUGAUGUAGAUACGUAGUUGGUGUAUAGUUUUAAGUAGUUUUUUUAAUGGAUUAGAUUGGCUGAUGCAAUAUGAAUCUGCUUGGGUGUUGAAUGUGAACAUCUGGUGGGAGGUGUAGAUAAGGCUGGAGAUUUCUCUGUGGCUAUGUGUAGUGGCUGUUUUUAACAAAGCUGCUUGCGGGGGAAUAGGCCCUUGUUUUUUAUAUAGGCCAGUUCCUUCCCGUUCAAAUAUCUGGUACACUUCAAUUUUGAUAGUGCCAGAGACACCAGAAAAAUCAUGCUAUAUUGGUAGUUAUAAUUAUCCUCUGACAGCAGGCAUUUUGAGUGGCCUGGUCUGAGUUUUAUUUCAUAUAUUUUGACACUUUUGACGUUACUACUCUACAUGAGUGUUGAAUAACAAGGUUGGCCCUCUCUUGAGAUGAACGGAAA